AUGCCGACUUCGCUGACGCUAGAGUUUUCUGGUGGCUCCGAAUUUCUCGUCGGGAAUCAAAAGGAACACAAAGUCUCGCUGCCAAUCGAUCAACCCACUGUCAGCCAAUUGAUACAAUGGAUCAAGAAAGAGAUUCUAACCGAUCAUAACCGGGACGACCUUUUCGUGAUGGAUGAUUCGGUUCGACCGGGAGUCCUUGUACUGGUCAACGAGUGCGAUUGGGAACUGCUGGAACGAAAUGAGACGAUACUAAAGGAUGGUGACGUUGUGACUUUCAUUUCGACGCUUCAUGGAGGA